AAAGCUCCCAACAAUCGAAAGCUAUUUGCAAACAUGCUGAGCAUGCAGUACGGUCAAAGCGCGCUCGCGACACCCAUCGACGUAUGUAUGACCUCGUUUCAAUGAAUUCGCCAGUGCCACCAAACCUACCAGUGCCGGCAAUCGGGCCAGUUAGUCGACGGUGUCACCCGCAACCGAGCAGUCCCACAGCCUUGUCAACACUCUAGCCAAACAACAUGCGUACUUGGUAUCACUCUCUGUCCCUCUUCCUGCCUAUAGCUCUGCUACACCUCUUUCCCACCGUUGUCAGUGGAAAGGAGCAAAACUACAUCCCGGACGCAGCCGAGCUGGACUGUCCGGGCAACGUGACGCACGGCCCGGUCACGCUCACCGCCUACCAUCCGCAGUUCGACUCGGACCGCAAGCGCGACUACCUCGAUGCACAGCACCGGAAGCUGUACACGCUGCAGGAGUACCUGGACAAUCGGGCCCCGUACGUGACGGUCGGCAUGGAUCCGGACCUGCAGCUGCCGUACGGGAAGGAGGCCUGCAUACCGGAGCUGAACCGCCACUUCCGGCGCGCCAUCCGGCUGCAGGUGCGCGACACGCACGUCGAUCUGCGCGGCGGCGGCUACCGGCGGGUGGACCUGUGCGUGCGGACGCAGGAGGACAGUUACGACGACAUCGUCAACAUGCUGCAGGUGACGCUGGUACUGUGAGCGCGUGUGUGUUUGUUUGUGGUCUAAAUUUAGAGCUCGAAAUAAAAGGCUGCUGGUCGUUAAUUAAUCCGGAUUUUCCAGAA